UUACAAAGAAACGGUUACCUCAAAUAUGCAUUCCAUCAGUAUAGUGUUGUUGUUCGCGCUGGUCGCCAUAGCGAGCGCCGGGCCGGCCAGACCAGACAAGGAAUAUUACGACCUAGCCAAGGCUCCGGAGUACUUCGAGAAGUUUAUCAAGGACUACAACAGAAAGUACAAAGAUGCUGCCGAUAGAGAAGUACAUUACCAAGCCUUUGUUAAGGCAUUGGCGAAAAGCAAUAAGCUAAAUGAAUUGAGCGACAUGACCACUUUUGGUAUCACCCCAUUCUCAGAUUAUACAGAAGAAGAAUGGAAGAGAAUGGUAUCGGCGUUCCCGAUUGUCCCACAAAAUCAAUAA